UCCAGUAAGAACAGACGUGUGGGUGUGAAAUGAACAUUGACUAUUUCUACAUAAUCAGUAAGGAUUCUUUUUUCAGUCACCGUGCUAUUUACAUCACACUGAUGAUUUUUCUUUCUAAACUCUGUGUCGACUUAUUUUCAAGUACCGGAUAAGAGUACACGGACAUUCUGCGCACUUUACUAAGUUACUGUUCUAGGAAUGGACAUUUGGUAAGGUAAGCAAGUUACCCCAAACAUUUAUUUUUCAGAAGAUGUAACUUGGGCAUUUUAAACGUAACGGGGGGAUAUUUUGGUCUGUAAUAGCUUAUUUCAAUAAAGCGCUACAUGAAUGUCAAUGAAAAGCUGAACCAGUAAAACCAGCUUGAGUUUCGCGCAGUUGGAAAGUCUCCUCUGCACCCAGGUUCCUUUAAAAAACAGAACCAUCAGCAAUGGCAGGAACAAACAGCUCAAACAUGAAAACUCUAGAGGAUUUAACUUUGGACUCUGGCUAUGGAGCAGGGGACUCGUGCAAAUCCUUAAGCCUGUCGUCUUCCAAGUCGAACUCCCAAGCGUUUAUGAACACUCCUCAUCGGGGCAACUGGUGGUACUACUCAGGAUCCAUGAACAGCAGAAACAAUAGCUGGGAUACAGUCAACACGGUGCUUCCCGAGGAUCCAGAGGACAUUUUCUCAAAGUGUCCCCGCUUACCGGAGCUGGAGGAGUUCCCGUGGACUGAGGAGGAUGUAGGGAGAGUCGUGCGUAAAGGUGUGGGCAAGGGCGCCUCAUUCUCCGCUGAAGCUGUGCGUAGACUGGCCACCUUGAUGCGCAGAGCUCUCAUCCGCAUCUCCAGAGAAGCGCAGCGGCUCAGUGUCAUGCACUGCAGAUGCACCAAGUUCGAGGUCCAAAGCGCGAUCCGCCUGGUGCUCAGUUGGGCGCUGGCGGAUCACUGCGUUUCUGCCACUGUAAAGGCCAUAUCUAUGUACAACAUGAGCGCUGGAGAGCUCUUGCGCAAGGGGAAGUCUGCCCGGUGUGGACUCGUGUUCUCCGUCGGACGGUUUUUCCGCUGGAUGGUGGACACUCGGAUCGCAGUGCGCAUCCACGAAUACGCGGCCAUCUGCCUGAGCGCGUGCAUGGAGGCGCUCGUGGAGGAGGUGGGUGUGCGCGUCCUGAUGGCGGAGCGGGAAGGCGCGACACCCGGCUGUGUCUUGACUGCAGAUACCCUGGAGGGGGUCAUCAAUAAUGAUGCCGAGCUAUGGGGGGUCCUACAACACCAUGAGCAUCUCAUCUGUGGGAAGAACGCCAAUGGUGUUCUAUCACUUCCGGCUCAUUUCAGCCCAUAUACAGAAGGACGUCAGACUGGACUGGAGACAAGAGAAGAUGCUUAUGCUGAACUGGAGCUGCGGACACUUGAGCAGGCCUUACUGGCUACGUGUGUAGGCAGCAUCUCAGAGCUGAGUGACCUGGUGUCACGGGCCAUGCAUCAUAUGCAGCGCCUCAGUUCUGUCCGUCAUGGGCUCAGUCCAGCUCGUCAUGCCCGCCAGCAACCAGUUUCCUGGUCUCCAGAUGCCCUCCACACUCUUUACUACUUCCUACGAUGCCCUCAGAUGGAGUCCAUGGAAAACCCUAACCUGGAUCCACCCAGGAUGGCCCUAAGCAAAGAACGGCCUUUCCUGCUUCUCCCCCCGCUGAUGGAGUGGAUGCGUGUAGCCAUUGUCCAUGCAGAGCAUCGGCGAAGCUUAUUGGUGGACAGUGAUGAUGUCAGACAGACAGCACGACUACUCCUGCCUGGGCUGGACUGUGAGCCUAGACUGCUGAAGCCAGAGUGCUGUUUUAGUUCCUUCAGGCGGCUGGAUGCCAAAGCCGCCACAGAUAAGUUCCAGCUGGACCUCGGCUUCCGCAUGCUCAACUGCGGCCGCACUGAUCUGAUUGGCCAGGCCAUUGAGUUGCUGGGGCCAGAUGGUGUCAACAGCAUGGAUGACCAGGGUAUGACCCCGCUGAUGUACGCCUGCUCGGCUGGAGACGAAGCUUUAGUCCAGAUGCUGAUUGAUGCUGGAGCCAAUCUGGAUGUAGCGGUACCCAUGUGCUCUCCUAAACAUCCCUCAGUUCAUGCAGACAGCCGCCACUGGGUGGCGCUCACAUUUGCUGUGUUACAUGGUCAUAUAUCAGUAGUUCAGCUUCUACUAGACGCUGGGGCGAAUGUGGAAGGAGCAGCCGUCCGUAACGGACAGGAGAACAACUCUGAGACACCUCUCCAGUUGGCAUCUGCGGCAGGGAAUUACGAGAUGGUUAGUUUACUCCUGGCGCGGGGUGCGGACCCCCUGUUGAGGUCCCAGGACAGUAACACACUGACAUCAUCACUUUAUGAGGACAUGAACUGCUUCAGUCAUGCUGCCGCCCAUGGCCAUAGGAAUGUUUUAAGGAAGCUCCUCUCUCAGCCUCAGAAGGUGAGGGAAGACGUACUCUCACUGGAGGAGAUCCUGGCAGAGGGUGUUGAUGGCGAGACGCAGGCGUCUGGUCGGAACGGACAUUCACUACCACCUCCUCCAUCCCCUAACCUCAGCCUGGUGUCAGAAGAUGCCCUGCCCAAGCUAUGCAAGACCCGUAUGAAAGCUUUGCAGGAGGCUUCAUUUUACAGUGCAGAGCAUGGUUACCUGGAUGUCACCAUGGAGCUAAGAUCAUUGGGAGUGCCCUGGAAGCUUCAAGUGUGGCUGGAGUCACUGCGCAGCGCUCAGCAAAAGUCCAGAGCUGGAGUAACGCUCUCGCUUCUGAGAGACUUUACCUCAGUCAAAGAGGAGGACUACUGUGAGGAACUAAUCAGCGUUGGCCUUCCUCUGAUGUUUAACAUCCUCAAAAACAGCAAGAAUGAGGCAAUAAUCCAACAGUUGGGCAUCAUUUUCAGUCACUGUUAUGGCCCUGCUCCUCUUCCUCCUAUCCAAGAAAAGAAGGCCGCUCUCGCCGCUCAACUUGACCCUCACUUCCUGAACAACCAGGAAAUGUCUGAUGUGACAUUCCUAGUGGAGGGCAAACCAUUCUACGCUCAUGGGGUCCUGCUCCUCACAGCGUCCGAUAGGUUUAAAUCUCUGCUGGCACUGAAUGGUUCAGAAAGCACUCAGCCCCGCAAGGACAUCGAGAUCAGCAACGUCAAGUACAACAUCUUCCAGAUGAUGAUGUCAUACUUGUACUGCGGGGGGACGGAGUCUCUGAAGAUGGGCGUCUCAGAGUUACUGGAGUUACUAUCAGCAGCCAGUUUGUUCCAGCUGGGGGUGCUACAGCGACACUGUGAAAUUCUCUGUGCUCAGAACAUUGACCUUGACAAUGCUGUAAACAUCUACCACACUGCCAAGGCUCAUGGUGCAGUGGAGCUCAGUACAUACUGUGAAGGUUACUUCCUGCAGAACAUGGCAGUUCUGUUGGAGAGAGAAGCCUUUCGGGGGAUGAUCCUUGGGUCUGGGGGGAGAAGCGUGUGCGGGAAAGACUCUCUUCUGGAAGCGCUGGAAGCAACAUUAAUGCGCAGGCUGCGUUCUCUGCUAGUGACAUCUCGCGUGUGAAAGGAAAAGAAUGAAAACUAGAAAGAAACACACAAAGAACAUGAAUGUGAUUCUAAGACUGUGAGGAAAGAAUGAAGAAUAAUGAAAACAAGAUGGAAUGAUGACUGAACAUGAGCUUUAAGGACAGUUUCAUGAAUUAAAAAAGCUACAAAUUAAAAGCAAAAAGUUACAAAUGAUGUGUGGCAAAAGCUAUCAGAACUUAAGUAUGUUAAGAGUGCGGACAACAGUUAUCACACAGUUAAACAGAUGCCAUUUUGUACAGUUGUUGGCUAAAGUGGGAGGCUAGAGUGUAUCUUGAUCUUUUUUUUUUUUUCUUCCAUAGUUGUUUUAUUUUAAGCUAUCAUAGAUUGAUCGUGUUAUUGGAGAAAGACGAGGACAUUUUCUACAGUAUUUAAAAAUGAGAGAUUAUUUAAGUUGCAAUUUUAUCUUGCUUCAUGCCAAGCAAUAAAGUUCUAUAUAAACAAA